AUGCUUCAUAAAUUUAAGAUCCCAUUCUUCUUACUGAUACUUAUCCUGCACUGCCUCACAGUAACUGGAAACACCAUCAUUGUAGCUUUGGUAUCUUCAAGCCCCAGCCUUCACCAUCCAAUGUUCUUCUUUCUCAGUCACCUUUCCCUAUCAGACUUUAUACUGACCACUAACAUUGUUCCCAACAUGUUACAUGGGAUUCUGCAAGGAGAGAUAGCCAUGUCCUUUCCUGCCUGCAUCAUCCAGUUUCAUUUCUUUAGCACCGUCAUAGCGUCAGAAUGUCUUCUCCUUGCAGUGAUGUCCUAUGAUCGGUAUCUGGCUAUUUGCAAGCCACUAAGAUAUUUCUCUAUAAUGCACAAUAAACUCCGCCUACAGCUUGUUAUUUUCUGCUGGAUUUUAGGCUUCAUAACUACGCUUGCAGUGGUUAUAAUGUUAAGCAGAUUAGAAUUCUGUGGAUCAAAUGUCAUCGAUCACUUUUUCUGUGAUUUUGCACCCAUUCUUCAACUUUCUUGUUCAGACAUAUCUGCCUUGACUUUGGGACAGAUGUUGCUGUCUGCUCCUAUGACUUCCUUUCCAUUCAUACUUAUCAUUGUAACAUACAUAUGUAUCUUCAUUGCUAUACUGAGAAUUCCAUCUCUCUCUGGGAGGCAGAAAGCCUUCUCCACUUGCAGCUCUCACCUGGCAGUUGUGGGUGCUUUUUAUGGUUCAUUGAUUUCUCUUUAUGUUGUACCUUCCUCUGGAAAUUCAAUCUUUACAAAAAAGGUAAUUUCUCUGCUCUACACUGUUUGCACACCAUUGUUCAACCCUAUUAUCUACUGUCUGAGGAACAAGGAACUCAAGGAGGCCUUUAAAAAAUGGCUAAAUACACUAUGA